GGUACUCUUCGAUAGAUGCCGCAGCAAAUGUCUUGCUAACACACGCCUCACACAUUUCAAUGAGUAACGACAAAGAAGAAAGAAAAUACGCGAUAUAUUUAAGAUCGACAAGCAGUACCCCAAGGGCGAUCUCCGAGUCCUGAGAGGAAUGGACGAUAAGCACGUCGCCACCAUCGCCUUCUCGAUUUUCCAGAGGUCCGAAACUGUCCUUGAGGUGCACCCGCACUCGGAGGCCGAACCUCAGAUGCAAGAAGCCAACGGCCAAUACACAGCAGGCCAACGCAGAGAAAAGCAGGAUGAGACGGCCAAAGGGUACCGGGUUUGGGUUCGGGUACGAUAUUGGGUCCACUGGAAGAGAAUUUAAUAGUGCUGUCAAAAAAUUGCUCCGAAUAGAUUGUUUCAGUAAA